AUGGGCCCCUGUACCGCCUCCUCAUGCUGCUGCCAGGCCCGUAAUCUGCCAUGGGCCCCCGUACCGACUCCUCAUGCUGCUGUGCUUUGCCAGGCCCGUAAUCUGUCAUGGGCCCCUGUACCGCCUCCUCAGGCUGCUGCCAGGUCCCAGAGUGUGUCAUGGGUCCCUGUACGGCCUCCCAUUGCUGCUGUCUCCAUCGCCACACUCUGCCAUGUGCCACUUUCAGGUCUCCUCACACUGCUGGUGGGUUCCAUUUUGUCAUAGGGUGCUGUAUGGCUCCCAUUGCUUGCUGCCUCCACCGCCACACUGUGGCUCCACACUCUGGUUUUGGCCCCCGUGACUGCCCAAAUGAGUGAAGUGUUGCAGUGAUUCUACAGAUCGACGGCACUCAUCUGCAUGUCAUACUGACUGACAGUAUUAUUUCUCUCUCUUCCCAGCAACUCCAAGGCAUUUAAAUUAAAGGUACAGUGUUCUGCACUAAUAUAA